CGGCGGACGCGCAGCGCCGCAGGCGUGUGCCGCACGUCUGGUUCCAUGUUUGGGUCCAUAUUUGGACUGGCGAGUCCCUGGUGCACGUCCGCAGAGCGCCCUGCCCCGCUGUCACCGCCGUGCCGUGCGGGGGGUGCCAGCUGCGCUGCUGCCCCUGCAACUUGCCUGUGCUUGUUUUAGCUUCGCCCGUCCCGGCGCGGAUCGGAUCGGCUCGGCUCGGCUCGGUGCGGCUCCCGGACCGGGACUCACGCCGGUCACGCUGCCUAUUGGGAUCGCCGUGACAGUCGCAGGCAGUGAUUCAGCGGCGCUUUCGGGGGUCCCGUUUGUAGUUCGGACUUUGUCCGCUGCGUUGUGGGAUCAGGAGGUCCGGAUGGCAAGCCAGGACUGACAGGUUAAUUGUCCGCGUUGCUGCUGUGGGGGCAGUCGGACCGGGACAAGACGAGUAAUCCGAUUACCAUCCGAAAUAGAUCCGCGGUUGGCAGCGACACAUCUGGAGGUGUCUGCCGCAUCUGGUCUCUGCCUCCUCCCCGCAUCAGCCUGGGUGACCCCCACGACCUCCCGGACCCUCAGAAGCCCGUUUAGACACAGAAUCUUAACCACAUCUCACUGUGGAGGUUGGUCUCCAUAGCUUGAAGCCAUUUUCUUGCACGUGUGUGUGUGUGUGUGUGUGUGUGCAUGUAAGCGUGUGCGAGCCGAACGGAGAAAACAAACAAGCGUGGCCAGAGUCCAAGCGUCUCUCGGAGGGCAUGACCCACGGUGACCCAGGCAUUUCAGUAUGAGUCGAGGAGGCUGGAGGAAGAGGGCCAGUGAGGAUGACGGCUGGGGGGGCAGGGGGGGGUACAUGGCCGCUAAGGUCUCCAAGCUGGAGGAGCAGUUUAAGCUGGACGCCCCCCGGGAGAAGCAGAAGGAAGGCGCCUCCUCCAGCAUCUUCAGCGGUGUGGCCAUCUACGUCAACGGCUACACGGAUCCCAGCGCAGACGAGCUGCGUAGACUGAUGAUGUUGCACGGUGGACAGUACCAUGUGUACUACUCACGCUCCAAGACCACACACAUCAUCGCCACUAACCUCCCAAACACCAAAAUCAAGGAGUUGCGGGGAGAGAAGGUGGUCCGGCCUGACUGGAUCACUGACAGCAUUAAGGCAGGCCACCUCCUCUCCUACCUGAAGUACCAGCUCUAUGCCAAGCAUAAGGGUCUGAGUUUUCCCAGUAUACACCUGGCACAGGAACGUGAUGGACCAGGCCACUCCCACUACCAGUCUGGCCACACCCCCAAACAUAUUGGCCAUGCCCCCAGUUUGACGCAUCAAGACUUCAAGCUGAAUGGAACAGACCUGAGUUUGGGCCUGAGACUGAAUGGGAUGCAGAAGGUGGGAGGUGACCCCCCCAGCCUUGCUCCACCCUCCUCCAUAGAAGGAGCCCUGGAGCGGACUUUGACCAAUGGCCACAGCCACCCUAUGAAUGGUGCCUUAAAACCCCAUGACCCAAUGCAGGGGCCGAUCCCACAGGAUGACUGGCUGAGCCAGAGGCCCCGGGCCCCACCCCCUGCCUCUCACGUCACUGGUACAGUGGAGACUACUCAUUUGCUGCCCCCUGGUGGUCAAACGAUAUCCCCACAGGACAUGACUCGCCAGGUUCUGGGACCUGAAGCAGGCAGUACCCGGACACAUGCACCCCAGCCUUCAGACCCAAAGCCCGCCCUGGCGCAGAAACUGUACCCUCAGGCUGGCAAUCCUGAGGGACCCCCUACCCCCACGCGAAGUGUGGGCAGAUUCCGGCUCAAUGGGGCCCAGCAUCUUACGCCCCAAGGUCUGAACCCACUUCCACAUAUUACCCUGAACCCAGGCGACUCCUUAGGUGGUGAGCAAGUCAUGGGAACGGACUCUAUCUCUGAGUACUACUCUCACUCCCGUCUGCAUCACAUCUCCACCUGGCGCAGCGAGUUCUCGGAGUACGUCAGUUCCUUGCAAUACCGGACCCAGACAACAGGGGGCACCAACUUUCCCGGGCGGGAGCGCCUAAGGCGUCAAAGGAUGGCUCAGGGUGCAGGUUCCCUGGCCCCUCCAGGCCCUCAGGCACGGCAGCCCUGCAUCCUGCACGUGGACAUGGACUGCUUCUUCGUGUCGGUAGGGAUCCGACACAGACCGGACCUGAAUGGGAAACCAGUUGCCGUGACGAGUAACCGAGGGCGGGGGCAAGUGGCCAAGCGCCCGGGGGCCAACCCCCAGCUGGAGAUGCGGUAUUACCAACAGAAACUGAACCCCAAACGGGCAGAGAAGGGAGACGGUGACCUGGAGGUGACCCCCUCUCCAGAGAGCCCGAACACCUCCCCGGCGGGGACGGACCAGGACCUGACCGCCCUCUCGAUGGCUGAGAUCGCCUCCUGCAGCUAUGAGGCCAGGCAGGCGGGAGUCAGAAACGGCAUGUUCUUCGGCCAGGCCAAGCAGCUGUGCCCAGGUCUGCAGGCAGUGCCUUACGACUUUGAGGCCUACAAGGAGGUGGCCACAGCCAUGUAUGAGACACUAGCCAGCUACACUCACCACAUCGAGGCUCUGAGCUGCGACGAGGCCCUGAUGGAUGCCACCUCCCUGCUAGCGGAGCUGUCAGUCUCGCCUCACGACCUCGCCAUCACCAUCCGGGCCGACGUGCGGGACCGGACGGGGUGCAGCGCGUCCGUGGGCAUGGGUUCAAACAUUCUGCUGGCCAGAAUGGCGACUCGGAAGGCCAAACCGGAUGGCCAGUACUACCUGAAGCCAGAGGAAGUGGACGAUUUCAUCAGAGAUCAAUCCGUAACCAACCUGCCUGGUGUGGGCCGGGCCAUGGGAUUCCGGCUGGCCUCAUUGGGCGUGCGCUCCUGUGGAGACCUACAGCAGCUGUCCAUGUCCCGACUGCAGCGAGAGUUUGGGCCUCGGACGGGUCAGACACUGUUCCGUUUUUGCCGUGGCCUGGACGACCGGCCCGUAAGGAGCGAGAAGGAGAGGAAGUCUGUGUCGGCAGAGAUGAACUACGGGAUCCGCUUCACGCAGGUGGCAGAAGCGGAGACCUUUCUGACCAAACUGUCACAGGAGGUGCAGCGGCGGCUGCAGGCGUCUCAGCUGCGCGGACGCAGGAUCACACUGAAGGUGAUGGUGCGCAAAGCAGGGGCCCCGCUGGAGCCGGCCAAGUUCGGGGGACACGGCAUCUGCGAUUCGCUGGGCAGGACCGUGACUAUAGAAAAGCCCACAGACUGCGCCCAGGUGAUCGCGGCGGAAGCCAUCCGGCUCUUCCAGGCCAUGAAGGUGAAUGUGACAGACGUGCGGGGGGUGGGCCUCCAGGUCCAGCAGCUGGUCCUCUCCCACUCCGGGCCGCCUGGUUCCCCGGGUCCAGCGGGGGGCGCCGGCCUUCCUCGUCGCUCCAUCAGAGACAUGCUGCUUGUCCAGAGACCUCCUCAUCCUGACGGGCAGAGAUCCAGCACAGUUUCUGCUUCAGAUGCACCUGCCCCAGACAGUCCAUUAGACAAAGGCAAGGAGCCUAGAGCCACACAACUGGUCCUGGGAGAACCAGCGCCAGGCACCAGCAAGGGGGUGCCCCAACCACGGCACAACGGGAGUCUGCACACUCCCAGGCGCGUAAGGAAGCGGCUGGACCUGAGCAUCGAGGUGCCGUCGCCCUCACAGGUGGAUCGCUCUGUGCUGGAGGCGCUGCCAGCUGAGCUGAGGGAGCAGGUGGAGCGCUCCUGGGGUUGCAGGGAGGAGCAGGCUGCCAGCUCCCCCCCAGCCCCAGCGUCUAGCUCCACCCAGUCUACGCGAAGGCUGGUCCUGCAGAUACCAGGCCAGCAUAGCCAGACACACCCGACCGACAUCGUGCUGGCCUUGCCGGACUUCUCGCAGGUUGAUCCGGAGGUGCUCGCAGCCCUCCCCCAGGAGCUCCAAGAGGAGCUACGCUCAGCAUAUAGACGCAGAGAGACGGUGCCCCCCCAGGUGGAGUCCCGGAACCCGCUUCUGCAGCUGAGGCAGGCCACUGCUGGACGGGCCAAGCGCCGCUACAAACGGAAGAACACGAGUCCCGCCAAAGCGGGCCCGAGUCCCCUCAAAGGGCAUCUCUAUGGAAACAGCCCCGCCAAGAGCAGCCCGGCCAAGCCGGUCACACACCAACACAUGGAGGCCCUGAAGCUUGAAAACGGGCCCUCAACGUCGUCCCCGAAUCCAGACAUGCAGGAAAAGCUGGUGAAAGUCGCAGCCCGUCCUGGUCCCACGCUGGCCGGAGCCUGCGAAUUCACUGAUAUCAGGACACUGCUGAAGGAAUGGGUCACUACCAUCCCAGAACCGAUGGAAGAAGACAUCCUGCAGGUAGUGAAGUACUGCACUGAGCUGGUGGAGGACAAAGACCUGGAGAAGCUCGACCUCGUCAUCAAGUACAUGAAGAGGCUGAUGCAGCAGUCCGUGGAGUCGGUGUGGAACAUGGCCUUCGACUUCAUACUUGACAACGUGCAAGUGGUGAUCCAGCAGACGUAUGGAAGCACCCUGAAGAUCACAUAGGACCUCCAUUGCCCCCCCCCUUUCCAGUGGCUGGGGUGUGAAUGGGUCAUGACAAAGGCUCCACGAUGGAGACCGCUGCAAAAACGUGGUGGGGGACAACAGGAAGAUUCCUCAAGUGGAACGAUCCAUGAAGAGUCAUGAUUGGACGAGCAUCCAGAUGCUCUCAGCCAAUACCGGUCCUAGAGCUUGGAGCUACAGACACAGGGGCCUCAGCUGGAUGGUGACCUAUUGUCUGCACUGUGCUAUCAUGGUUAUAAAACAGACAGGAAAAAAGUGCACUCUUUCAGGGCAAUCGUCCCAUAAGUCGGAGACCCCCUUUUCUUCCCCCCUUUUCUUUUGCAGAACGAAGUGCCAAAAUUUCAUUAGCAGUGCAUGUAAAUAAUGGUUCACAGGCUCUUGUACUUCAUUAUUGUAUCUGAUAGGAAGUUUGUUCAUAUGGAAAGUUUUAUUGGUUUUUACAGUGCAGCAUAAUAAAGAGAUGUAUUUUAGCUCCGCCCCGUUUAUCAGUAGUGCAUUUGUUGCGACGGAAAGCAAGUGGAUACAGCCCCACCCGGAUGUGACAAGGAUGGAUUGAUGUCACCCUCUUGCCCCACUAUGGUGCCGAAUUAGAUUCUGCCCCAACUCCAAGGCUGCACAGCAGCAAGCAGGGUUGCACAUGGCUGCAAAAAAUGCCAUGUGCCUCUGUUAUUCACCCCCCCCCCACGCGCACACACACUAAAGAACAGGCAGAAGCGUGACGGACUGCAGCUCCGCGUUUAUAAACUGGCAACGACGCUGAAGAGAAGGGCUUCAGCCACUCACAGGACCCUGCAUAAAGCGAUUCUGUGCCUGGAGACCAAAUGCUGUGAUACCAUUUGUAUGUUUUCUAAGAGAGAUUAUUAAUAAAUGAACCCUGGCAAACUUCA